AGGUAAUGCCAGUAGGAACGUAUUGGACAGGGAAAAGGGUGUUGGCACUGGCUGCAUGUUCUUCAGUCUAAACCACAGCCGUCCAUUUUGAUUCCUGAGGCCUGUGACAUUUUCAGCCCUGUCUUUGUAAGGCCCUUCCUGCAUUCCUGUGAGCCGUCUACUGGUAAGCUGUGUGUGCUUUCUACAGCAGCUCGCCUCAGCCGGAGCCGUGUGUGUGCAGUGUGCUCAGCAGGCAGGGAGGGAAUGUCUUCAAAAUGGACGCCAUACACACUGCCUCAGAGCCGUGGAGGAAGAGGGAGGGAAUCUGAUACGCUCCCUCUAAGCCUGUGUAACUGCAUCCCCCAUGUUUUAGAAAAUGCACACAGCCAGUGAGGGCUAUAUGGACUUUGAGGGACUUGGUUGCAGAGGUUUUGUGAGAGUGAGGAGAAAUCCUCUCUGCAUUGCAGCACUGUGUCUGAGGAAAGAGGGGAGAAGAUAGCCUGUGUGGCACACUAAGCCGGGCGCCCAAUCAGGCAACUCCUCCGUGUGGCGCACAAACCAAUCAGAAGCCCACAGCUGAGGUUAAAGAUUGACAAUCGCAGAGAGAGCAGCAGGAAGAGCAAGGCCCUUCUGGAAAAUUCUGCUUUGUCUCAUCCCCCACCGGCCUCACUAAUUGAAAAAAAAAAAAAAAAGCCUGAAGAAUUCUGUGCGUAAAGAGGAAAAAGUGUGGCUGAGGAGGAGGUGAAGACUGAGUCAGAUGCAGUAGAGGGGAUGGAGAUCUCUACACGAUCCAAAGUUUCAGUCCCUGGAUUAGUGGAGCGAGCGGCGCAGAAACGAAAGGUGCCCAGCCCCCCUCACUCAUCCAACGGUCACUCCCCUGCUGAGACCUCCUCCAGCCCGGUCAAAAAGAAGAAGAAACCAGGAGCAGUCAGCAGCAGUAAAGACCAGUCAGAACUAAGACAUGGUCCCUUUUACUAUGCGAAGCAGCCAGCACUCACCACAGACCCUGUUGAUGUUGUACCGCAGGACGGCAGGAAUGACUUUUACUGCUGGCUGUGCCACCGCGAGGGCCAGGUGCUCUGCUGUGAGCUCUGCCCGAGGGUGUACCACGCCAAGUGCCUCAAACUGCCCGCAGAGCCCGAGGGUGACUGGUUCUGCCCUGAGUGUGAGAAAAUAACAGUUGCUGAGUGCAUAGAGACUCAGAGUAAAGCAAUGACGAUGCUAACACUAGACCAGCUGUCUUACCUGCUAAAGUUUGCACUCCAGAAGAUGAAACAGCCAGGUGACCAACCACGCUCGUCAUCUCACUCCCCCCAUGCAGCCGCCACGCAGAGAAAGGCUUUUAAUUGGACGGAACCCUUCCAGAAGCCAGUAUCUCUGGAACAGCAUCCGGACUACGCAGAGUAUAUUUUUCACGCCAUGGACCUCUGUACAUUAGAGAAGAAUACAAAGAAGAAAAUGUAUGGCUGUACCGAAGCUUUCUUGGCAGAUGUGAAAUGGAUUUUGCACAACUGCAUAAUUUAUAAUGGAGGAAAUCAUAAGCUCACUGCCACAGCUAAGGUCAUAGUGAAAAUCUGUGAACAUGAGAUGAAUGAGAUUGAAGUCUGUCCGGAAUGCUAUCUGUCAGCUUGCCAAAAGAGAGACAACUGGUUCUGUGAGCCAUGUAGUGAUCCUCACCCUCUAGUGUGGGCCAAGCUGAAGGGGUUUCCAUUCUGGCCUGCCAAAGCACUGCGGGACAAAGACGGGCAGGUGGAUGCUCGCUUCUUUGGGCAACACGACAGGGCGUGGGUCCCCUUAAACAACUGCUACCUCAUGUCCAAGGAGAUUCCCUUCUCUGUGAAGAAGACUAAGAGCAUCUUCAACAGCGCCAUGCAGGAAAUGGAGGUCUACGUGGAGAACAUGAGGAAGAAGUUUGGAGUGUUCACCUAUGCCUCCUUCAGGACGCCCUAUACCCCUGACAACCAGUACCAGAUGCUGCUGGACCCCGCCAACCCCUCAUCCGGCUCGGUCCGGCCGGAGAAGCAUGAAAAGAUCAAGUUCAACUUCGACAUGACUGCAUCUCCCAAUAUGCCCUUGUCCAGGAGCAUGCUGUCAGGAGGGGGCGGGGGCAUGGGCGGGGUUGGCGGGAGUACAGGCCGGAGGAUCUCCCUGACAGAUAUGCCCCGCUCGCCCAUGAGCACUAACUCCUCUGGUCACACAGGCUCUGAUGGAGAGCAGGAGACACCAGACAAGGGCCAGGCUAGAGCCCCUGCUAGCCACUACAGUGCUGGGGAGGAGUCCAUGGACUGCACAGCAUCACCGGCUUCCACUCGACCUGAUCCUGUCUCUGGUGCCAAGGACAGCCCUAAACCAUUCCACACCCAGGGCCCUGCCCUGACUCUUGUUCCCAAGCAGGAGAAAGCAACACCCACAGGGAGCAUCCUUAAUCUCAACCUGGACCGAAGCAAAGCCGAGAUGGACCUAAAGGAGUUGAGUGAGACUGUGCAGCAGCAGCAGCAGCAACAGCAGGGGGUGCCACCAGUCCUCACCUCACCCAAAAGACAGAUCAGGAGCCGCUUCCAGCUCAACCUGGACAGAACCAUCAAGAGCUGCAAGGCCCAGCUGGGUAUAGAUGAGAUCUCUGAGGACGUGUAUAAGGGAGUGGAACACAGCGACUCCGAGGACUCUGAUAAAUCAGAUUCGAGUGACAGUGAGUACGCCAGCGAUGAGGAACAGAAACCUAAAGGGGGCCAGCACACUGAGGCCAAUGACAAGGGCGAGAAGGACACUUCCAAGAGGGGGUCCAAAGACCCCCUGCCCCCCAUCCAAAACAAGGAGGGCAAAACAGAGGGGCCAGGGCCAGCAACUGCAACGGCAACCAUGGGAGAUGCAGGGGUACCAUCUACCCUCUCUGAAUCCUUGUCAAAAGAGAAGCAGGGUGUAGUGUCAGACAAAGAGCCCCCAGAGAAAGCCAAAGCAGUCCCUGCAUCCCUAGCCCCCAGAGAGAAGCCCCAGGUGAAGCAGGAGGCCAGGCAGACCUCUCUGGUGGAUGACUCCGACUCUGAGAGGGAGCUGGUGAUUGACCUGGGGGAGGACCAGGGGGGCAGAGACCGGAAGAGGACUAGGAAAGAUGCACACGCAUCCAAAGAUCCACCAACCAAUAAGACAGAGGGUAAAGCCCCCACCCUGUCAAGUGCCCUUACUCCAUCUCAAAACAACACAGCCCCUUCCUUAACCCCCAGUGUGAAAGAUUCAUCACAGUCUCCACUAGCCAUCCCUCUAAACAUGGUGCCCUUCACUACUGCUGCUCCCACCACCAUUGGCCCGACCACCCUGGCCAGUGCCACAUCAACAGCCCCCAUCACAGCCUCCUCCGCCACCACAGCAGUAAAGAAACAGCGCCCUCUGCUGCCCAGGGAGACUGUCCCGGUGGUGCAGCGGGCAGUGGUGUGGAACCCCACCAACAAGUUCCAGACGUCCUCCCAGAAGUGGCACAUGCAGAAGGUGCAGCGGCAGCAGCAGAAUCCGCAGCCAGAUACGCCUCAGCUGCAGACAGCAUCACCUGACCAGCCACAGACACAAAAAUUGCCCCAAACGCCGGCCUCUGCAACAUCUUCAUCAUCAUUAUCGCCAGAGCAACCUUCCCAAAGCACGCGGUACCAGACCAGGCAAUCUGUCAAAGCUGUCCAGCAGAAAGACCCCCCACUCAGUACGUCCACGUCGGCUGUUACCCUGGUGACCAGUAUCCCAGCCUCUGUGGCCAUGAUGGCAGCUCCCGGAGUAGGCAAUGGCCCCUCCACCUCCAUGGCAGGGGACUUCCAGAUCCCUACCGCAUCAGCAGACGUAGCAGCUGACAUCGCCAAGUACACUAAUAAAAUAGUGGAUGCAAUCAAAGGGACGAUGACUGAGCUGUACACCGAGCUUUCCAAAAGCACUUCAGGGAACACAAUAGCAGAGAUUAGACGAUUGAGAAUUGAAAUAGAAAAACUGCAGUGGCUUCAUCAACAGGAGCUGUCAGAAAUGAAGCACAAUCUAGAGUUAACCAUGGCUGAGAUGAGGCAGAGUCUGGAGCAGGAGAGGGAGCGUCUGAUGGCGGAGGUAAAGAAGCAGACAGAAGUGGAGAAACAGCAGGUGGUGGAUGAGACCAAAAAGAAACAGUGGUGUGCCAACUGCAGGAAGGAAGCCAUCUUCUACUGUUGCUGGAACACCAGCUACUGUGACUACCCCUGCCAGCAAGCCCACUGGCCAGAACACAUGAAGUCCUGCACACAAUCAGCGACAGCCUCACAGCAAGAGCCUGAGUCAGGGUCCACGGCAGAUGGCCCAAACAAAGCCUCCGGACAGUCCAACAGUGGUCAAACUUCUCCCAGAGGAACGACAGCAUCUGCCCCCACAGACAAAGACUCUAACAUGGAGAAAAGCAAGGACAAUGUCACUGUCAGUCUGUCCUAACACUGAGCCCUUGCCAUGGCAUUGAGUUAUCACACUUGAACCUGUAACAUAAAAUACCGACACCUUCUUAGCUACUGUACAUGGACAUGUUUCGUUAGCAUUAGUCUUUUCAAGCUGCUGCUCUGAAGGUAUCAAAAUACUUUUUUAUUUUAAGUGAUCAUGACCAGAAUUUCAUCUUUCCCAAACGCUAUAAUCAUCCUUCUCCAUCUCAAGUUCAGAUGUACUUUAUGCCCAAAGUACUAUGGGACAAGUAACCACUAGAGAGCGCCACCUGUUCUCUUAAUCACUGUCACCUUGCAUUAUACACACUUUGCAAGCUCAUAGAGAAGCAGCUUUUCAUGGCCAAAUUUGUGUGAGGCAGAUGUACAGAAAGUGUAUCUAUUGUUAUACGUAAUAUUCAUAAAACUGUAUUGGGAGUACAUAAUACGUUUUGGUACUGUGUGAAAUAAUUGGACAGUUUGGUCAAUGAUCACCCAGAUGACCAAAUUGAAUGUGAAUGGACCAGAAUGGAACAUGGCUUCAGAUUGUUGAUACAAAUUAUUUUCAACCGCCUUCUUGUAUGUUAAUUUAUUCAUUAUUUAUGCUGAAAUGGUUGCCUACAUUUUUAUUGAGGAGAUAAUGUUUGAUGGACUGCCUGUUGAAUUAAGAUUUGGUACAGAGAUAGUUAUAUGAAGCUUUUCCAUUUCAGAAUGUUUUUCCCUUUCCUCCCUUAGGACUAACGCUCAUCAUAAUGCAACCGACAUUUGUCCUGUAUUCAUAUUUCUGUGUUCAUACUCUUUCAUCUUGUAUUGUUGUCACUGAGAAAUAAACCAUAUUUAUGGCAAACACAGGCCCUGAGAGCGAACAGAAUACAACACUAGUUUUUGAAAGCUCUUGCAUUUUCUACGUGUCUCCCACAUGAUGAUACAAAAACAUAAAUGUAUUUGGUUGAAAAUGAUCGGCUACGGUGAACUGACCACGUCUUUGUAUGUCAGGUUUGAACACUCUACUACAAUUUAUUCACUCAUCUGCAGGAAACCCCAUUUGAUUUUCAAACUAUUCUCCUACAGCACACUGUAAUGGAGUCAUUCCUCCCUGCCACGGUAUAGAGAAGAGACUAAAGGAACUCUGUUGUAUUUCAUGUUUGUUUACAUUCUCUAAAUAAAUAAAGUGUGUUGUUCUAAAACUGUC